AUGGGUCUCCUCUCCGGUAUCAAGUCAGCUGUCGGCUUUGAGCAGCUCCCCGAGGGCAUCGAGGGCAAGUCGUUCUACGACCUCAAGGCCACCCUUCCUGGCAAGGACAAGGUCCUUGACUUUGCCACUCUCAAGGGCAAGGUCGUCCUCAUUGUCAACACUGCGUCCAAGUGUGGCUUCACCCCCCAGUACACCGGCCUCGAGGAGCUGCACACCACCUACCACGAGCGCGGCCUCGAGGUCCUCGGCUUCCCUUCGAACGAGUUUGGCGGCCAGGAGCCCGGAUCGGACGAGGACAUCGCCUCGUUCUGCCAGGUCAACCACGGCGUCACCUUCCCUCUGGCCAAGAAGUCCAAGGUCAACGGCCCCGAGAUGAACGAGGUCUUCGCUUGGCUCAAGGCCCAGGGCAAGGCUGAGGGCGGCGCUGGCGGUAUCGGCGGCACCACCGCGAUCAAGUGGAACUUCACCAAGUUCCUCGUGGACAAGGACGGCAAGCUCGUCGCUCGCUUCGGCUCGUCGACCACCCCCGCCGCCAUCAAGGCCCAGAUCGAGACCCUCCUCGCCUAG